AUGACCACCGAUCCUGCCGUGCAACGAGAGGCCCAAAGCACCGAGCCUCCGCAAAUCCCGCCGCACCGCUCGCAUGACCCCGCCAACAACACAAAGCGCACUGACCCCUUCCAGUUCGGGUCCCGAUUCCUUGAAGCAGGGGACAAUGUCUUUGAAUUCAAUGCCUGGGACCAUGUAGAACCUGAUGAGGAAUUCAAGGCUUACGCCGAGGCACAAAUCGCCAAGCAGCGCGAGACACCAGUAUCCGAGUUCGACCAGAAGCGCUUCAACAACGACCCAGCCAAGUGGUGGAACCUGUUCUACAAGAACAACACAGAUAACUUCUUCAAGGACCGCAAGUGGCUGCGCUAUGAAUUCCCCGUGCUGGCGGAAGUGACACAAAAGGACGCGGGGCCCCAGGUCGUCCUCGAGGUCGGCGCCGGCGCCGGCAACACCGCGUUCCCGCUGCUGGCGAACAACGAAAACGACCAGCUCAAGGUACAUGCAUGCGACUUCUCCAAGUACGCUGUCAAGGUCAUGCGUGAGAGCGAGCAAUACGACGAACGCCACCUGGUCGCCGAUGUCUGGGACGUGGCCGCCGUGCCGGACGAGAACGGGAACUCGCUCCCGCCGGGUCUAACCGAGGGCUCUGUCGACGUCGUCAUUCUUAUCUUUAUCUUUUCUGCGCUUGCACCGAAUCAGUGGGAACGUGCUAUUCGCAACAUCCACCGCGUCCUGAAGCCCGGGGGUCGGGUGCUGUUCCGUGACUACGGCCGCGGGGACCUUGCGCAGGUCCGGUUCAAGAAGGGUCGCUAUAUGACCGAGAAUUUCUAUGUCCGGGGCGAUGGCACGCGCGUCUACUUCUUCGACAAGGGCCAGCUCAUCCACAUGUGGGGGCAGUGGUCGCCGGAGAAGGGCCUGCCGACUCCUCCCGAGGAUGCGACUGCGGAGUCACAACCUGAGUCGCAAGCUACUGCGGAGGGUAGUGGGGCCUUUGAUGUCCUGCAUAUGGGCAUCGACCGCCGUCUUAUCGUCAACCGCCAGAGCAAGGUCAAGAUGCAUCGCUGCUGGAUGCAGGGCCACUUCCAGAAGCAUGGCGGGCCCACUGAGAGCGCCACUGAAAAGGCUGAGUGA